AUGGCUUCUUCUCAACAACGUACCGUCCCCUUGUGCGAAGAGAAUAUCGUCUUGGGACAUCUGCUGGGAUAUCGCCACGAGCAGGCCCGCGAAUCAAGGGGGACCAUACUGCCCGAUAAGCUCCGCCAUCUGGAGAAGCUGCAAGGGUUUCUGAUGAGAGAUGUUUUGUUUGUGUCUAUCGAUGUCGCUACAGGAAGCGAUUUCGAGAAUCGUUUCUCACCGGAUAGUCUCUGCAUCGGCGUUUCCGUCUUGGACACUCGAAGCCUGACAAAGCCCAUUGAAACAGACGAAGAGGCCGAAGCCGCAACCCAUUCCUAUCAAAACGUCACCAAAGACUACGGGCUCACGCAAAAGUUUCGUUACGGGGAGACUCGGCAUCUCAUCGAGGAUCGCAACUACGUUCUCGUUGGGUCAGAGUUGCAGCGGGAUUGCGAACUCCUGAAGACGCUGAGUUUUUCGAGUUGGACAAUUGCCGAAAGAGCUUGCUUUCGACUGGACAUUCUCAGGGCUGCGCAAUAUACGCUGCAGUUGAGGCAGCGGCCCAGCUUACAGUGUUUCCUCGAGACGUUUGGAAUCAAGUGCAAGAGACUUAGCCUUCCCGGACAUUACGCUCAUUAUAAUCUGAGAGCUAUGCUAUUGCUUGCUCUUCGCGAUUGGAAGAUGGCCGGCGAUCCUUAUACGGAUGCGGAUCGGAGGCUGGAGCAUAAUCUGCUGAGAGUUGCCACACAUAAGCUUCCCUCGGCAACAAGUGCUUCUCCGCAAGCGUCUUGUGAGCAGCCUCCUGCAGACGCCACAGAUACGAAGGAUGAACGGGAUGACGAAGAGGAAUCCUGGGUUCUUAUGCCUCUCGCCUCGGGCUGA